UUUGCUCUAUUGCUCAGAGUCAUUGAUUGGGGAGGGGGCGAGAUGAGCGACUAAUGCCCGUAAGACAGAUAUGACACACACCUGUAUGCAUAUCACCUGUUCUUGCCAUAUAUGGACCUGAGUGAUUGAAUACAGAGAGAGAGAUAAAAUGCAAGGGUUGUAAAGUAGGGAGAAAGGUAGUUGUACAGUCUCCACUAUUGUCUGUGAUCUGGCAGCACCUUUACCUGGCUGCUUCCUUCUCAAUUUCUCCGGUGGCAGGUGAGUGCCUCUAAUCCCUCUUGCUCUUUUCUUUGCAGAAACAUUUAAUGCUGAGGACAAUAAGACUUUUAGCAUGUCCCAAAACAGCUUUGAACAUGCUCAUCAAAGUGAUUCAUUUACCAAGCUGAUUGUAAAAGUUAUAGGAGAAAUUCGGUAAAAUGCUGCAACAGCACUUGUCCUUUGAAAUGAAGGCAUAACUCUGACUCAACAGAAUAUUAUCCAGCAGUUAUGUCUUAAUUUUUAGCAAGAAUCAUUAUUUACAGGUGCUUUAACAAAUAACAAAGUUUGCUUGAUGUUCAAAUUUGACUUCGUCAGCAAGCGUGUUAGCAGCUUGUUUGCUGUUCUUCAUUUUGAACGGUCAAAGCCAAAAUAAGUAAAUGUCUUCUAACAGCUACACUACCAGUCAAAGGUUUGGACACACUUGACCAAAUGUUUCUUGUGAUCUUAAAAACCUUUUGCACGCUAAUGCUUGAAAUGAGUUUUCCUGACACAAUGCCUAAGCAUUUCUUUACAAAACUUAAAAUAAACUUUAUUUAUUUAUUUUGAAAUGGAUGAGUUGAAGCAGAUUGAGAAGGAAAGUGCUCAGCAUUCAUAGGAACUCCUUCAAUGAAGUUGGUUUAAAUAAUGCCCAAGGUGUGCAGAGCUGUAAUCUAGACAAAGGAUGGCUACUUUGAGGCAUACACUAUAAGAAAGCUUUGAUUUAACAUUUUUGGUCACGCAAUUCCCAUACUUCAGUUUGAGUAAUUUCAUAGUUUUGAUGACUUUAAUUCUAAAAUGGUUGAAAUAAAUAGUAAUAAUAAAGAAUGAAUAGCCAUGUCCAAACAUUUGACUGGUAAUCUAGGUGGCUAAGUUGUGAUCAAGCUUUUAUGUUCAGACUAACCAAAAGGAUAAGAACAGAAUGAAAUAUUUAGCUUAAAUAACUUGUUUGUUUUUUUUGUAUGUGUGUGCCUAUUUUACAUUUUACAUUAUGAGUUUGCAUUACAGAUACAAAAUCUGUUGUACUCAAGUGGAACAACAUGCUUUGCUUUAAAACAUGAUGUUGUGUUGGCAAUGAUGGAGACUAAUGAAGUCUGCAGGAAUACUAUUAAUCAAGGCUAUAGGAAUGGAGGUGGGGUAGUAUAGAUACACAGAUCAGGCGUGUUGUAAUGCCAGGUUACGUAAAAUCCCUGCAUAUUUUACUGUAAUGCUGGAGGGCAGAUAAUUCAUGAUAUGCCUACUGUAAUUAUAACAGUGGUGUAGGACAGUUAAGACAUUAUUGCACUUACAAAGAAACCUUUAGGAUUUAGAUAGGAAAUAUGAACUUUGCACUGGACAGAGGGAUCGUGAUCGGUGACAUGAGUCGUUGCAAUCUGCUUAUGCUAUAGAGACAGCGAUACAACCUCCCAAUAAAACUCGAACAUCCAAUCAAACAAGAGUGAUUGAGUCAUCCGCAUUAUCACACCAUAUCAAAAUCUAUGCUGCAAGUUACUAGGCAAACAUAAAUAAAAAUAGAGAUAAUGAAGCUCAUAAAUUUGGUAUAUGCAAACAAAAAAUUAUUCCUUAGGGGGUGUAUGGGUGUGGGUGUGCAUAUCUAAGGCAUAAUGUACAGUACAGUAUAUAAAAAAAUAACAAUAAACUGACAAGGUGAUCAGGACCCUGAUGUGAAGUUGUGUGUACAUAAUCCGACCUGAUUCUUUUCAAAAAAAUAAAAUUAUAUCAAAUUUCAGUUGAUUUUAGUAGAAAUUUGAUUUGAACUGAACAACUUUAUUAUACGAGAAGAGAGAAACCGCAGAGUAAUGUAUGGAAAUAGGUUGCCCGGGACAAUGUUCAAUUGUUCAUUUACAUUUAUGCAUUUGGCAGAUGCUUUUAUACCAAGCUACAUACUGUACAGCGCAUGAGGUAUCCAUUUCAUCAGUAUGUGUGAUAGGAAUAAAACCCAUGACCAUGCCAUUGCUAGCACCAUGCUAUAGAAGUUGAGCUACAGGAACAGCUGCUAUAUAGUUUCAGUUUAAUCAUCAUUGUUCAAAAAUAUUUGACCAAAAAGCCUCGAUUGACCAAUCAGAACAAGGCAUUCCAGAGAGCCUUAUUCUUUAAAUGAAAAAAGCAAUUAAAAUUAUGACAUGAUCAAAAAAUCUUAUAUAACUACCUCCUCAAAUCCAAACAUUUGCCAUCACACAAGUAUCAGUCAAUGACACCAGGUAGAAAAUUACUAAUAGCAUACAGAUUCAAAACUAAAGACAAUUAUAAUGUAAAGAUAAUAAUAAUCAUAAUAAUUAAGCCCAAUAAAUUUCCUUGAGUUCCAAAAUAAUGCUGCCAAAUAUGUGUUCUUAUCGAAUUUGUGUUUGUAUUGCGUUUUGGUAAUACAAUUAUUGCUGCCUAAAGAAAAGAAAAAAAAAACUAAAUUUUAGGUUCAAUGUGAACAUGUCUUUUAUUAUUUUAUUAUUUAAUCACUUUCGUCUUUGUUUCUUUAAUACAAUGAAAGAUAUACAUUACUGAAUGUGCAGAGUUGCGUUCACAAUGCAUUUUAACCACGAACUGGUCCGUGGAAAUAAAGCGAACUAAACUUACAGCACCUCCUGAGAUGAUCCGAGAUCAUAUGCAGCAUUGUCACAGACAACAUUAUUCUUCCAAACAGUUUUCAGAUGAAUGAAACAGAGAAAAAAGAGUGAAAAUUCUUUACAUGCGCUUGUUCUUUACAUGCACAGGCUCGCACUGCACACCUCAAACAGCAAAUCAGACACGAGCAUUGAGGGAUUUUCUUUUGUCUGCUCUUAAAAAUAUAAUGACGUGUGUUUCUUCAAGGGCAUGUCUUUGCUACCAACAGCAUGUAUUGUCAUGUGUCACUCUGAGAUGUCUUACAGGUUGCCCGCUUGUUGCAGGUAGAUGAGCAAAAUUACCAGCGCAUGAAAUACCUGCAUUUGGAUGAGGAGCUUGCGAACUGGAUUCAGCCUCGCCUUGUCGCGGGUGGUGGGUGCUUGUUUCACACCCUGGCCACUGUUUAAUAUAUCUGGCGACUUCCCAGAUCCAUGGUUUUGCCAUUUCCCGAUAUUGUCUAUCAUCGUCUGUCAAUUGAUUGUCGCAAUCGGCAUCGGGAUCUUUGUAAGAUAUCGUCGAUAACAUCGUCCUAUCGCCUAGCCACCGCUUGCCAGUAUUUCGUCAGAAUGGGGUUAAUUUCAGGGUACCUGAACCUUUGGAAGAAACAUGUUUAAUUUCCUGCUAAUAUCAGAUGCAAGAUGAAUAGCACAUAGAUGUGUGGAUACUAGAGAGGAUAUAGUUGGUAUAUCAACAUGAGAUGAAGCCAUGGCUCAGCUCUGAAAAAGAGACACUACUGUAUAUCUCGCUAAACACAUAGUUUUAGGGCUGUUCGAUUCCAGAAAUUUGGGAAUCGACUUCCUGGUUUUAGAAUCGAUUCCAAGAGUAGAUUCCAGACUCAUUUAUUUGAUUCUUUUUUGAUUACGAAAAAAAAAAACAGGAGGCAAAGUAAAAUCUCAUAAUAAAUAGCUCACUACAAAGCGUUCUUUGCACUGUUUAUAAUAGCAUGAAUGACAUCUACUAUUAAUAGGUCCAUUCUCAAAUUUAAUUAGGGCCUAUAUGCACAUACCAAAGCGCGAUGCUUCAAUCACAUGAGAUAAAUUUGAGGGAAGUUUGAGUAGAUGCGCCUAUAUUUCCAAGAACUACCGAAAAUAUUUUGAAAGCACCAUUUAACCUAUAUUGAAACUGUCUGUUACCACUCGUGAGUUCUUGUUUAGAAAGAGGUUUAAAUUAGAAUAUACAGCAAUUGUCCACUAUCUUUCGUACACUGAACAAAAUGUCCAAACAAUACACUUCAGUUUUAUUAAAAAAUUCACAUUGUUGAACUGGUUUAUUUCUUACAAUAUAUUAAAAAAAUGUAAAUAAAAUGUAUGUAUGUGAUAUAUGUAUUCUUUUUGGAAUCGAUUCCCUACAUAGUUUGCAGUGUAUUUAAACAGCUGGGUAAUGUGCACACAAAAAAGACACAGAGCAAACUUUUAAAAAUUAUUUACAGUUUUCUAUCAUAAACCAUGUCCAACCUUAAAACAUACUAAAAAGUCUGUUAUCUUGUUAUAGUGUAUCAUUCCAAAGAAUAUUAAUAAGGUGAAUAAUAUAAGGGGAUCAGAUAGAAAAUAUAACAUUUUCUGUAUAGUUCCUUAAUUUUUUGAAUAAAUAGCCUUAAAAAAGCUACAUUGUAAGGAUGUAUAAACUAUGUGCUCACUGGAGUAGGCAAAGUUAGGGACUGUGGCCUUUGAUCAUAUCUCAGCCAUAUUGAUUAUAACUCCCUUAUAGGCACAGUAUCUUUUUAAAGAUUUGCAUUAGAUAUAGGACAUGAAUUUUCACUUCCUUUCCUUUGGGUGGCUAUCUAUCUUCCUUCCUCUUAAAGCUUAAAUUUCAGCUUUGUGUCUGGGUUUACUAAUGCAUGAAUUGCAGUGCAAUGAAUGCUGAUAAGGCCAUUCUCAUUUACACCUUUGAAUGACACUGAAAAAGCCUAACAGGCAAGAAAUCAUUAACAGUGAUUUAAUAUAUUAAAGGUAUAGAUCACUGGAAAAUGUUAAUUCUGUGAUUAUUUACUCACCCUAGUGUUGUUCCAACCUCAUAUGCUGUUAAUUUUUCAGUGGAACCAAAAAGGAGAAAUGUUGAAGAAUCUUUAAGCAGCUUUUUUUUCAUACAAUGACAGAUCAUAGUGACCAUGUCUGUUAAGCAUAAAAGCAUUCGCUAGUCUUAUAAACCCAUGUGAUAGCUUUGUGUAAGGAACAGAUCUAAAUUUAAGUCAUUGGUAGCAGCAGUAACAUUAACAGCUUCCAGGUUUGGAAUUACAUUUUUGGUUGAUCUUCAGGCAAGUUUUUCAUGGGCAAGCACCAUUUACAUUUUCUGAAGAAAAUGUAUGUAGUUCUGAUAUGAAAUUCCAGGAAACAAUGUAUGUCAUUGAAUGGAAGUAAUUUUGUUCAUUCUAAACUUACUUCUUUCUUCCAGGUAUUUAAAUUCCCUGAGACUUAAGCUGGCAUCAUGCCACAGGAAAUCAAGACCGAUGUUCCAAAAGUCCUCAAUAAAACCACACCAGGACUUCAGAUAUGGAGAGUGGAGAACAUGGCACUGGUGCCCUGUCCAUCUAAAACAUACGGACAGUUUUAUGAGGGAGACAGCUACAUAAUACUCUAUACUCACAAGACCAGCAACCACUUCUCUUAUGACAUCCAUUAUUGGUUGGGCAAAUGCACCUCCCAGGAUGAGCAGGGAGCAGCAGCAAUAUACACCACCCAGAUGGAUGAGCACCUGGGGGGCGUUGCCGUACAGCAUCGAGAGACCCAGGGCCAAGAGAGUGCCAUUUUCCAAGGAUAUUUCAAACAGGGCAUCAUAUACAAAAAAGGUGGAGUUGCAACUGGGAUGAAACAAGUGGAGACCAACACAUACAACAUUCGAAGGCUGUUGCAUGUGAAGGGAAAUAAGCAUGUAGUUGCAGGAGAGGUGGAAAUGAGCUGGAACAGCUUCAAUCAAGGUGAUGUGUUCUUGCUGGACCUUGGGAGCCUGAUCAUUCAGUGGAAUGGACCCAAAAGUAACCGUAUGGAGAGGUUAAAGGGGAUGAAUCUAGCUAAGGACAUUCGUGAUCGAGAGAGGGGUGGUCGAGCACAAGUAACUGUCGUGGAAGGAGAUGAUGAGAAAUCAUCUGGGGAAGCCAUGAAACUGAUGAAGCAAGCACUGGGAGAGAAAAGAGAUGCCAUCAAAGAUGUCAUCCCCGAUCAAAUUGUUGAUGAGAAAAUGAAGACUGCCAUCAAACUAUUUCAUAUUUCAGAUUCUGAUGGAAACCUUGUAGUACAGGAGGUAGCAGUAAAACCCCUCACUCAAGACCUACUGAAAACUGAGGACUGUUAUCUGCUGGAUCAAGGUGGAUUGAAGAUCUUUGUUUGGAAGGGCAAAAAAGCAUCAAAAACUGAGCGGGCAGAAUCUCUGAAGAAAGCAGAGGCCUACAUAAAGGCAAAAGGCUAUCCUGCAUCCACUUAUGUAGAGACAGUGAGCGAAGGUGCAGAAUCGUCAGUUUUCAAGCAGCUCUUCCAGCGGUGGACGGAGAAGGGACAGACAGUUGGACUGGGCACCACACACAAUCCAGGGAAAAUAGCCAAGGUUGAGCAAAUCAAGUUUGAUGCCACCUCAAUGCAUGCUAGACCUGACUUGGCUGCACAGCAGAAAAUGGUGGACGAUGGAUCAGGCGAAGCUGAGGUAUGGAGGAUAGAGGACAAUGAACUUGUCCCUGUAGAUAGGAAGUGGCUUGGGCACUUCUACGGUGGUGACUGUUACCUUAUUCUCUACAAAUAUGAAGUCAACAGCAAGCUACAGUACAUUCUGUACAUGUGGCAAGGUCGCCAUGCCAGCACAGCAGAGUUGACAGCCUCUGCAUAUCAGGCUGUGAUUCUGGACCAGAAGUACAAUGGAGAACCGGUGCAAGUUCGCGUUCCCAUGGGAAAGGAGCCCAUGCACCUGAUGGCCAUCUUCAAGGGUAAAAUGGUUGUUUAUGAGGAAGGGUCUUCCAGGAAAGGCUCCAACCACACUCAGCCACCAGUAAGACUGUUUCAUUUCCACGGCACAAAUGAGUAUAACACACGUGCCACUGAAGUUCCUCCAAGCUCAUCCUCUCUAAACUCCAAUGAUGUGUUUGUGCUCAGCACAGAGAAGAGCUGCUACCUGUGGUAUGGCAAGGGCUGCAGUGGAGAUGAGAGAGAGAUGGCUAAAACGCUGGCUGACAUCAUCUCCAAGAGGGAGAAGCAAGUUAUUGCAGAAGGUCAGGAACCUGCUGACUUCUGGGUAAACCUUGGUGGAAAGUCCCAGUAUGCCAGCAGCAAAAGACUUCAGGAUGAGAACAGCAAUGUCACGCCACGGUUGUUUGAGUGCUCCAACCAGACUGGUCGCUUUAUAGCAACUGAGAUUGCAAACUUCAAUCAAGAUGACUUGGAUGAAGACGAUGUCAUGUUGCUGGACAUCUGGGAUCAGGUGUUCCUGUGGAUCGGUAAAGGUGCCAACGAUAAGGAGAAGCAAGAGGCAGUGGUUACAGCACAGGAAUAUCUGAAGACCCAUCCUGCAGGACGUGACCUGGAUACACCUAUCUUGGUGGUUAAGCAAGGAUUUGAGCCACCUACCUUUACAGGCUGGUUCCAUGCCUGGGACCCACAAAAGUGGAGUGGUGGGAAAUCCUAUGACCAGCUCAAAUCAGAGCUUGGAGAUGCAACUGAUCUUAUCAAAAUUACUGUGGAUAUGACCCAGCCUAUAACAAACCAAACCAACUCAAAAGACUCUGGAGGCAUGAUGCCACGACCUGUCGCGCAAACCUUUCCUCCUGACAAGCUGGUGAACAUAACAGAGGACCUACCUGAUGGAGUCGAUCCCACAAGAAAAGAGGAUUAUCUCUCAAAUGAUGACUUUGCACUGAUUAUGGGGAUUUCUCGGUUGGAUUUCUAUGCCAUGCCAGCCUGGAAGCAGCUGAACCUGAAGAAAGAAAAGGGCCUGUUUUAGGAAGCGCACAAAUGCAUCUCUGUGCUACAGCACGUGCUUAACUGUCUGAAUGCCAGUAGUGGCGCUGUGCAAAAACUCAACAGUCAGGAUCAUUUCCUUUUAGAUUUUUAGAUUUACAUGUUUACAUAAAAUUACUUUAUUUAAAUAUAUUUUUUGGAAAAGCUAUCAAAUUGGUAGUCAUAUUUAAAGUUGAUGUUAUGGAACUGAAUUAUUUACCUCAAAGUAUAAUUUCAACUGAAUGGAGAAUAUGGAAUAAAUGGGGAAAUUAAGUUUGCAAAUCUGUCUUAUUUACACAGGGAUUUGUAUUGGAUUCGAAAGGAUGGAUAAAGCACUGACCAAAAUCUGUUUUUCUUCAGUUGUUUAAGCACUACAAUAAAAUGUAAUAUUCUACAGUAACUAAGAUAAAGGUUUUGUAUGAGGUUCAUUGAUGCAUAGAGAGCACUGAUAAUAAACUAUACUAUCUAAUUUCUAA